UUCGAUCCAUCGACUCUGCUUUGUGCAAUUCCAAACUAAAUCUUGUCGUCUGAAUUAUUGGAGUGCUGUGAGUAGAUGAAAUAACCGCGCCGGAUCUUGAACCGCACUCUCCGAAGCGAGUACUCGAUUAAUGAUCCGGUGAAAGCUCAAUUUUUGCAAAGUGUCGUUUUCGCUCAUUUUUCAAUAGAAUUAUGCUACGCAACAAAAUAAAACGAGCUGAUGACGAACCGCGCGAAUCGGACUGUAAACAGAGGAGACCGAAGUGCGCGCGUUGCAGAAACCACGGUCUUAUAUCAUGGCUAAGAGGACAUAAACGAGAAUGUCGUUAUCGUGAAUGUGUGUGUCCCAAAUGCUCUCUCAUAGCCGAGAGACAGAGAGUAAUGGCGGCUCAGGUCGCAUUGAAGAGGCAACAGGCUGCCGAAGAUGCGAUUGCGUUGAGCAUGGCGAAGGUAGCGACGGGUCAAAAAUUGAGCCGUCUUCCUCCAGGAAAGAUAUUUGGCAUGGCGGUAACCGAUCCGAAUCCAACUGAAGUAACAAAAUGCGGUGCGGGAGGAAUCGUCGUUUCAAAAUCAACAACGGAAGACGAUCAAGAUCAAAAUCCGAUCGGCGGAAACCUUGAUGAGGAAAAGAACGCCUCCGCUGCUCCGCCAGCCGCAACGGAAGUUGGAAUAUCUUUCUCGAAUCAGGCUAACCAGAAAUCAUCGAAAAUACCAACACGGGUUGCCUCGGUGAAUACUGUGGAAGUUUGCACGUCAACUCCGGCGGUAGAACGCCCAAAUAAUUUUCAGAAGUACAGAAGUCUAAUUUUUAAUAUUAAUAAAAAUCCUACUGCAACGGACCGCGGCGACGGGCUGAGCGAAGUAAAAGAUGGAGAAGAUAGCCCGGAAGAACGAAGAGAUCCUGAAUCGUCCGUAUCACAAGCGUCGGUUCAAACUUUGGCAAACUUGUUUCCAAGCACAAAGCUCUCGGUUUUGCAGCUCGUCCUUCAACGGUGUGGUCAGGAUUUAUUGAAAGCGAUCGAAUAUUUCGCCUCGCAAACCGCAGCCCUCGGUGGUUCCGGUUCCGCCUUCAAGCCCGUACAGGGUUUGCAGGGUUCGACUGGCAAUCAAAAUAUCACCAUUCAGGGGAUGCAGAGUGUUAAUCUCGGGCUGAAUCUCGCUGCGGGGGUGCCGAGCGUCCAGAGUAACGUACAACAGGCGGGACCGGAAGUCCCGAAUUUCUUCGCAUUUCCACCAUCUGCAGCGUAUUCAACAUUUCCGCGUAAUAUUUACGGAGACAGUUAUUGCCUGCUCAAUAUAUUACCGGAACAAUUCCAGCAACAACAACAACAGCAAUUGCAGCAGACCAAAAGCGCGAUGACCGAAACGGCAAAUAGCUUGCAAACGAUUGCGAAAACCGGAAGCACCGCAUUGCAUCACGAAGAUAGCGUUGCGCUUAACGUACAGUAUAAUAAUUACUUCAACUCCAAUAUACAACAUCUUCGAGAACACAUGUGCAGCCAAAUGAUCGAGCCUCAUAGACAAGGGCUGCUACAUCUUCCGCCUAUUAUACCAGGAAUUCCAUGCGUGCAACCCAAUUGUGCGCAGUGUUAUAAAUUUCCGUAAAAUCACUCUCUGUUUUACGUUGUACGCGUGCACCGUACACAGGUGUAUGUACAUGAAAAACGGAACUUGAUUGUAAUUCUUAAUUCUCUACACUGCAUUAGAAAAAUAAAUUAUUCCGCAAUUAUUAUGGCAAAAUUUCUACAUUUUUCAUCGAUUAAAUCACUUGGGAUAGUCGUCAUUCUACCUGUUUAUUGAUUUGGAGCAAAAACUUGAUCCAAAACUUAUACCCUCUGCACCUAUAUUAUGACGACUCGGCGUUGAAAUUAAUUAACGUUAUAAGCACCGCAGCGGCCUUGCAGGACUUCUCCGUGGAUAAUCCAAUCGGUUAAAAAUAUUGGAUGGCUACAGCAGGUUCGCAUGGAAGUUAUACGAGAGAAGAUUCUGUUGGAUAAAUAGAGUAGAUCGCGUCGUCCCCUCGGGCAGUAUCGGCUUUCGUAUGUUUAGUAAUUCAAAGCACACCAUAUAGCCCUGCAGGCAGCCUAGAGGGGGAUGACUCGGGCUAUCGCAUAUUCUCUCUUCCAAAACAAACCCCUUCGGCCAUCUAUCACUUGAUAUCACUUGAUAUGGGUUACUAACUGUAUUUACUCGAUCAAUUGAACUUUUCUAAUACGAUUAUUUCAGCUCUAUCACUCUUAUAAACAACCACCGCUACUGCGGAUCUUGGAUUCCGGCUUAAAUUUGUACAGCGCAGAAUGGUGAAACUCCAAUGAGUUUCCAUCAGUCUUUACUUCUUGCUUUUUUUUUUGUUCGCUGUUUCAUCCCGCGCUAGAAUCCUGCAACAGCCAGCAAUUCCACAGUCUCCGUGAGCAAUACGUGCAGGAAUUAAGUUUUGUAAGUUUGCAAUUCAGUCUGUUACUACCACGAAAAAAAACCUCAUGCAACCUGAAUAGUUGAGGCAUUCUUGACUACCAAGAAUUAGUUAAGAAUAUCGCAUCGAUAAAGUUCAUCCCUCAUCAUUAUUGACGAGUAACUAUUGUUUGAGUAUUGACAAUGAGUUUGAUUCGUCGUGUUUGUGAACAAUUUGAAAAUUGGUGGCU